CUGCUAACAUGGGAGUGUCCGAUGCAGCUUUGGACACUAUCGUGACCCAUGGGAAAGCCCUACAGUGGGUGGAUUUGAGAGGCACGUCAGUCCAGGAUGAGUCUGUGGCGACGCUGUUGGCGUUGAGACCAAACUUGGGGGUAUCGUGGAUGA